UGACUUACAUAAUGAUAAGAACUGGUAGAUCUAAAAUUGAUCUUACGGAAAUUCACAAAGAGACUCUUUUAGAAAGAAUUUUUACUUUAUUCGCAAUAUUAACUCUUGUGGUGUUUCCUUUCGCUAUUAUAUUUUGUUUUAGAGUUGUAAAACAAUACAAAAGAGCUGUAAUACUUCGUUUUGGACGAGUGAGAAGCGACUCUCCCGCCGGGCCCGGCAUCAUCUGGCUUGUACCGUGUACCGACAGCGUGGUCUUCAUAGACAUGAGAACACAAUCAUUUAAUUUGCCUCCACAAGAAAUUCUUACAAAGGAUUCUGUAACUGUUAGCGUUGAUGCCGUUGUGUACUAUCAUGUCAUGAAUCCAUUAUGCAGCUUGCUGAAUGUUCAAUCUCACAAACGUGCAACUGAAAUUCUUUCUGUAGCGUUACUGAGGAACAUUUUAGGGCAAUACACGCUUUCAGAUCUGCUGUCAAAUAGAGUGCUAAUAAGCGAUGCUCUUAGAAAAGAAAUAGACAAAGGGACAGCUGAAUGGGGCGUUGGAGUAGAACGAGUUGAAAUAAAAGAUGUAAUGUUACCUUUUGAAUUACAAAAAGCAAUGGCCGCAGAAGCUGAGGGUACUCGAAUCGCAAAAGCAAAAAUUAUCGAAGCAGAAGGGGAAAUAAAAGCAGCUGAAAAUCUCAAGGAAGCCUCAAAAAUUAUGAUGCAACAUCCCAAAACGAUGCUUCUCAGAUAUUUGCAGACUUUAAAUUCUCUCGCUGCACAACAAAGCACAACAGUAUUAUUUCCCAUCCCAAUUGAAAUACCACAUCAAUAA